AAUCACUGUGCUUCACAUUUGUAGGUUGUCUCUCAGGCGUGUGACAUUCACUGCUCUCAUGCCUGUGUCCACUGAAUAAAUCUCUCAAAAUGAACAUCCUACGGUCGACUUUGUCCCGACUGCGUGGAGUAACCAACCUCACCAGUCCACCUGCAGGGAACCUUGCUGUAAAUGGUACCUCUCAACUCAGAUUAUUCAGCAACUGGAUUAUACCCAGAACAACUGCAGGGCCCCAGGUUUCCAGAUGCGGGCCUCUUUCUUCUCAAGCUGAGGGUUCGGCAGUAUUCCAGCAGCUUCCGUGGCAAUACCAGCAGGUACGGACACGGAAAAGAGGCACAGAGUAUCAGCCCAAGAACAUCAAACGGAAGAGGACCCAUGGCUGGAUCAAGAGGCUCAGUUCACAGAGUGGCAUUGAGGUGCUUCUUCGACGUAUGUUAAAGGGACGCAAAUCUCUCUCACACUGAAGAUCUCUGUUGCGAAACUGCAAGACUUUCAGGAAACAGACAUUGACUCUGAAAUCUUGGUGGUGUUCUACAAAGAGCUUGUUUAUGUGUUAGCUGUUGAUACUGGGUGGGGCUUUUGUUUGGAAGUAACACUGCAUUGAUAAAGGGGAGGAGGAUGAAAACUGGCUGACGAAACAACCAAGUUACUUCUGCUUUGGUAAAGAGAAGCCCUUUAGUUUCACUCACUUAAUUUUGAUUUGUAACGUUUGGUUAAAAUUAUUAAAUGUGUGCAGAUGUCUGGAUAUUUUAGUUUUUGUGUGUGGAAAAUCUUUUAUUUCACAGCCAAAAUGUGUCCUUAAAAAGUCUGAGUUUAACUAUGCUGCUCCCAAAUAAAGAAAUACAAACUGUGCAUUGCUUGAAAAAAACACUCUCAAAGAAUUUUUCUGAUAGGAACUCAAAAAUAAAUUAUUUCAAAGAA